AUGCCGUUUAGAAGCGAUCACCAACAACUGGGACAUUCCUUUGAACAAGCAAGAAGAAGAUAUCUGGCCCUUGAAACCAGACUAUCCAUUGAUAAAAAGAAAUACACGGAAUAUCGCAAAUUCAUGGAAGAAUACAUUGAAAUGGGCCAUAUGGAGCCCAUCGCAGCGGAAGAACUCCACAACGUAAGAUACUUUAUCCCUCACAGUUGCGUAGAGAAGCCUGACUCAACGUCAACCAAACUAAGAGUGGUAUUUGACGCCAGUGCAAAAACCACCAGUGGAGUAUCACUUAACGACGUACAAAUCGUUGGACCUAACGUUCAGCGAGACCUAAAUGAUGUGCUAAUCGACUUUCGCGGGCACAACAUAGUAUUAAUGGCAGACGUAGAAAAAAUGUACCGCCAAGUGAAGGUAGCGGAACCAGAUACUUGGUUCCAAUGCAUCCUAUACAGGAAGGAUCAAAGUCUGCCAAUACGUGCAUACCGUCUAACCACAGUUACAUAUGGAGAAGCAUCCUCAUCCUUCCUAGCAUGCCGAGCACUGAAGCAAGUAGCAGUAGAAGAACGAGAAACAAGCCCUCAAGUGGCCGACGCCAUCGAGAACUGUUUCUACGUAGACAACCUGAUGCUCGGAGCGCCAAAUGUUUCAGAGCUGAAGAAAUUAAAAACAAGCGUUGCGGUAGCAUUGAAAAAGAGGUGUUUUCCCCUAAGGAAGUGGGCGUCAAACACCCCGGAUAAAAACUAA